UCAUCCUAGCCGCGGCCACCUCUGGUCACUCGGUACAUGUCAGUAGUAGUGACGGUCGCACCACGAGUACCUCGCGGUCUUCUAGGAAUUUAAUUAUACCAAUAAUCGGUAGUCUGGUGGUUGGGACGAUUAUUAUAAUGGCCAAUUACAUGGACUUUAAUUUUAAAAUCAAAUUCGAAAUGUAAAAUUUUUUAUAAAAUCGUAAUUGAAUUUUCAACUUUGUUAGAAUUUACAUAAAUUACGGUGUGUAAAAGUGAAAAUAUUAGGUGUGUUCCUUCAUGACAUAGUUUUUGAAGAUUGUGAAAGUUCUUUAUUGUAUUCAAUGGAGCAAAUGGUGGACUCUAACAACAACCCCACCGUGGGGAAGUACUCUCUAAGGCCGAGGGUUUCAUUGAAGAGUUGCUCUCACGACUCCGAUCCCGAGAGGGUCGCAAGACCACGCACCGCCAAAAGAAGAACCUCGCAGCGGAGCCUGCACUUGAGCAAGUACCGAAGGAAGAGCGCCAACGCCAGGGAGCGGUCCAGGAUGAGAGAGAUCAACGAAGCGUUCGAUGCUCUCCGCAAGGUUGUCAGCUGGGGCAGCGACGCACAAGGGGAGAAGGCGACCAAGAUAUCGACUCUACGCUUGGCCAUGAGGUACAUCACCACACUCAGCGAAGCCCUUCGAGAUUCCGAAAGUCCUGCAGCCGAAGUCGACACCGAGACCAAGUCGGAUUUUAGACUGAAUACUUCUGAUGUACAUAGACGGUUAGGAAAUUCGGAUGAUUUGUUGGACAUUCGUGAAAAGUUUUUAACAAACUCGUCAACUCUUCUCUCUUCAAAAGGUAUACCUCCUUUCUUACCUAGAAAUUAUAAUUCUAAAAGAGUACACUGUAAAAGUUUGUCAGACCUAACGGGAAGUGACUAUCCUAUUGGUUUUUUCGGAGGAUCUUCAUAUAUCGAGAAAUUAUCUUCAACAGGGUCAAUACAACAACACGAAAAUUUACUGAAAUUAUCUCCAUCAGUAGCCUUCUUUUCCUCAGAUUCAACUUAUUCGUUUUUGGAAGCUGAUGAAUCAAGAAAACCCCCUAUCUCGAAGUCCAUCUCGUGUCUAAAAGUGCAGUCCGAAUCCUCCUCUUCAGAGGACAACUUGCAAACCGUUAAGGACUUCAAACCCUCCACAAAUAUUUACAUGAGUCCACAAGAUGGCGUAUUGCUCAGACGUUCCAACACUAGCAGUAACUACCAACGGCCAGAGGUAUUCUCUGACCAUCGAAGAGGUUCACAUACUGAUAGAUUUAUGGAUACUGGAAUCCUUCAUCAUGAAGUUGAUAAUAGUUUACUUCUACCUGUCGACAUCGAAUCUCCUUCGUUUCAAACUAUUUCAUUUGACGAACUUUUAAUUACAUGAUUAACAUUUAGAAAUAUUUGAAAUUUUACCACUUUUCUGUGAUUUUGUUUUUGACUGUGAUUAUGAUUAUUUUAACGAAAAAUUGGUGCUAAUAUGUUUGCAAUAUUUAUUUUUACU